AUGAGCACUGGAGCCAUCAAAGAGCUUGUGGAGGCGGCGGGCAAAGAGGGCUCCGCCGAAGGUGUCGCCUUGGGCGGGGAAGUUGGUGAAGCUGCCAUGAAUGAAGCCAGACUAUUGGAGGAAGUUAAGCAACUGGCCAUCAAAGAAACCCCCGAAUCACUUGCCAAAAGCGCGGAAGCCGACGUAGCUGCAUCCCUGGAAGAAGGCAGUGAGAUGGUGAUGGCGGAGGCCAAAGCCGGCGGCACAUUUGCCUCGCUGAGAAAGAAGCUUACGCAACUUGGCAAGUACAUGUGGGAUAACAAGAGUGCAUUCGCAAAAUUGAUGGGCGCAGAAGUGGCCAAAGGCGCUUUCUUCACGCUUGGUAUGAUCGCAGUGGAAAAGAUCUUCGCUGCGAAGCAGCAGAAGAACGAGACGCCCGAGGGCCAAUACCGACUUGACAUUGUUCGAGCAAUCAACAAGGAGAGGGCGAUCACCAAUCCUAUCAUUAAAGAAUGGCGAACUUGGCUGGCGGAUCACUUUGACGACCGAGCACAAUUCGGGACGCUCAACGUAGAGGGCGACGAUGUCCAGAGAUUCCAGCUCCUUCAAAACAAGAUCUCGACUGCCCAGCAUUUCUUGGACGAUACUGUGGCGAAGGCAUCGGAGACCCUGAAGACAGUCAACGACAAAGAAAGUGCGAAAGAUCUCUUGACCCAAGAAAUCGGAUGGGUAAACAAACUUAAGGCCAUUAGUGACAGUAUCAAGUCGAGGGAGUCUAUGGUCGCGGCUGGUCUGAAGGACAAUGGAGAUCAGAUAGACAAAGCCAAGACGCUCUUGGACGAUGUCAAUAAGUAA